AUGACAGAUUUUGUGCAGCAGCAUGUGGAACGGCUCUCUGAACUCAAGAUUACUCUGCCCUAUGACAAAUUCACUGAAACAGAUUUCUCGAUGGGUUUUGACAGACCGGGAUUCUGCGAAGAUUAUGUCUACGUGACCACAUGCCGUGAAGGUGGCUUUAUGCAGUUUUCUUGCAAAAUCAAUUUCCCAACAGUCCAAAUUGUGUUUCUUCGGAAGAAGUUGAUCCGGUGGUCGCCUUCGAUACUUGACGAAAUGAGACUGGCAUUGGUGAACGUCAGCGCAAAAGCAGAAGUAAACAUUAUCAUCGAGUAUGGGAGGUUUGCCGCGAUGCACGUUGCCAAACUUAAUUUUCUAAAUCUGCUUGAUGAACUCCUGGAGACCGUCAAAGGAAUCCAGACGUCCCCAUGGAGAACAUAUGCCAUUGAAGUGGUUCAAUGUUUAGCCAGCCGGGCCUAUUUGCAGCAAUAUUCGGCUAAAUGUUACACCUGA